AUGAAUUUUGGGGGAUUUCGAAUACUGUUAAAAGAGUAUCGUUUCCAGUACUUUAUUGGUUCGAAAGAACUUAGUGUAUUAGCAGCACACUUCUUUCCUCGCGAUAAACAAUAUUAUUAUAACUACACCGCUUAUGACUUUUAUGCAGUACAUGAUAUUGGUCAAUCACAACCUUCUUCUUAUUGGGAAAAAUUUACCUUAGAUUCUUUGAAGCAUUAUCCAAAGGCUAAGUCCCAGUCUGGUUUGGCCUUUGUUGAAUCGAUUAUGAUUAUAACUGCUAAACACUUGAAAGUUCGACACAAACACAUAGAAAAGGUUUUUGUACACCAAGGAAUGCAAAAAUCAAGUAUUGAAUAUCGAUGGAAAUGGAACAGAAAAAAUUGUACACAUCCAAGUAACGUUGCAUAUAUUAAAUCGAAAUUUCCGUAUAUUUCCGGUGAUCACGCAAAAGAUGUGUCAUGUGCUACCGUCAUUGAACAUAUAGACGCCUGGUACUCAAUUGCGGAACGAAAUUUAUCAUUUGCUUUAAUUUUAGAAGAUGAUGUAACUUUUGUUCCAUUUUUAAAAGAGAAAUUUAAUCGUUUUAUGUCUCAAGCUGUCAAACUCAACUUGAUCAAAGUUGGUAAAAACCAAAAUAACUGUUCAAGUUUUGCAAACAAUGAAAACAUUACAAUGGAUGAACUUCUAAAAAAUCCUAUUUUAUCAGAGGGUGUCUUUCAUUUUGGUUCAUGUCUGAAUAUGCCGACUCCAGGUAUGAAAUACGAUAGUUUUCUUGAAGUUCCCAGAAUUUCCGCAUAUCGAACAUAUUUUUGUGGUCGUUGCGCACACAUGUAUGGCAUGACGCAUUGCGCAGCUAAAAUGAUGAUUGAAGCUUUGCACAAGUUUCCAAUACGAUAUCAAUGGGCUGAUUGGCUAAUAAAUGACAUCAUAACAAAGAGCCCCAAGUUAAUAGGCUGGUGGACAGAUCCACCACUUGGAUAUCAGACCACACAAAUGGAGACAAUUGGUGAAAUCCAUCCACUUUUAAAACAAAGAACUUAUGAUCCUAAGGGAAAAUACAAUGCGCCUUAA